AUGAAGAAGGAAGAGGAAGGGAAGAAGAAGGAAGAAGAAAGAAAAGGGAAGAAGAGGAAAGAAGAAGAAGGAAAGAGGAGGAAGGAAGAAGAAGAAGGGGAAGAAGAAGGGGAAGAAGAGGAAGAAGGGGAAGAAGAGGAAGAAGGGGAAGAAGAGGAAGAAGAGGAAGAAGAGAAAGAAGGGGAAGAAGAGGAAGAAGAAGAAGAGGAAGAAGAGGAAGAAGGGGAAGAAGAGGAAAUGUUGGAAGGGUUAGGGAUGAAGAAGGAAGAGGAAGGGGAAGAAGAAGGAAGAAGAAAGAAAAGGGAAGAAGAGGAAAGAAGAAGAAGGAAGAGGAGGAGGAAGAAGAAGAAGGGGAAGAAGGGGAAGAAGGGGAAGAAGAGGAAGAAGGGGAAGAUGAGGAAUAAGAGGAAGAAGGGGAAGAAGAGGAAGAAGAGGAAGAAGGGGAAGAAGAGGAAGAAGGGGAAGAAGAGAGGAAGAAGUGAAGAAGAUGAAGGGAAGAAGAAGGAAGAAGAAAGAAGAGGAAAGAAGAAGGAAGAGGAGGAGAAAGAAGAAGGGGAAGAAGACGAAGAAGGGGAAGAAGAGGAAGAGGAAGAAGAGGAAGAAGGGGAAGAAGGGGAAGAAGGGGAAGAAGAGGAAGAAGAGAAAGAAGAGAAAGAAGGGGAAGAAGAGGAAGAAGAGAAAGAAGGGGAAGAAGGGGAAGAAGGGGAAGAAGAGGAAGAAGGGGAAGAAAAGGAAGAAGGGGAAGAAGAGGACGAAGUGAAGAAGAUGAAGUAA